AUGCAGCAUUCUGAGUUGGCAAUUGAGUUGGGCAAUGUUAGGGUAGAUGAGGUGGAGGUCGAAAGAUCUGAUGUGGCACAUGAGGUUGUGGAUGAGUUGGAAAGAGCAAAUGUAGAUGUUGAUGUUGGGAAAAUGGGACCACCUAACACAUAUACGGGUUAUAAAGAGUGUGUAAGUGCUAACCCUAGAUGUAAAACAAAUAACUCAGCUGCUAUUUCUACCCUAAACCCUACACCAAUUGAGAGAGGCGACACACAGCAAGAACUUGCUGAUUUUGAGGAUAACAGUGAUGAUGAUUACAGUUGUGGUGAUGAGGAUGAGUAUGAGGAUGAAUCUGAUUUGUUUGCAGAAAAUUCUGAUGAAGAUGAUUUAGGUGCAUUGAAUGUUGAUGAGGAAGGUAUAGCCAGCUAUCCUACAUUCAAUCCUGAGGUUGAUUUUAAGGGUAAGAUCAAUUUGUCUUUAGGCCUUAAGUUUCCUUCUACAUAUGUCUUUAGAAAAGCAUUAAGGUACCAUGCUAUUGAAUGUGGUUACAAUUAUUAUUACCUGCAUAAUGGUAGAAGUAGGAUAAGUGUGUAUUGCUACAAUAGAUGCGAUUGCGUGAAAUCGAAAGCUAGAAUUGUGAACUGUAUUUGUGGGAAGGAUAAGAAGUGUUAUUUUAAGUAUUGGAGGGAAAAUCCAAAUUGGGAGUUAAAGGCAUUUAAGAAACGGGUAAACAGGGAGUUAGGUUGUGAAGUGAAGUACUCUAAGUGUUACAUGGCAAAAAGAAUUGCUAAGAAAAUGAUUGUUGGUGAUGCUAGUGAAGAGUAUAGCAGGGUGUGGGAUUAUGCGGAAGCAAUAAGGAGGUUUAACCUAGGAAGCACUGCAAUUGUGAAAUGCAUCGGAAUAGAAACACCUCCACCCUUGUUUCAAAGGAUGUAUAUAUGUUUGCCAGUAUGUAAGGAGGGUUUUGUUGCUGGCUGUAGGCGUAUUAUAGGUGUUGAUGGGGCACAUUUGAAGGGACCUUUCCCUGGGGUGUUGAUGACUGAUGUAGGUAAGGAUGGGAACAAUAACAUCUUCCCUGUUCCAUGGGCUGUGGUCGAAACAGAAAACGUGGAAAGUUGGACCUGGUUUCUAAAUCUCCUCGUAGAAGACCUAAAGUCAGUUAAUCCAUCAAGUAGCUGUGUAGAAGCAGGAUGUGAAGAUUUUACCUUCAUGAGCGAUAGGCAAAAGCUGAAAUUAGGUUCUACUGUAGGCAUAUUUGAGCUAAUUUCAAGAUCAAGUUUCCUGGAGAGUUGUACCAACAUCACUUUUGGAAAGCAGCAAGAGCUUACAAUAAGGCAUGCUUUUUCUAGUAGGAGUAAGUCUGGGAUGUUAUUUAAUAAUUAUUGUGAGUCAUUCAAUAAUGUUUUAGUAGAAGCAAGGGGGAAGCCCAUAAUUUCUCUUAUGGAGUGGAUUAGGAGAUAUGUGAUGCAAAGAAGUGCUUCAAAAAGAGAAGGGUUGAGUAACUUUAAGGGUGUCUUAAUGCCAGCUAUCACCAAAAUGAUUGAAAGAAAUUCAAAGGAAAUAUAUGGUUUGAGGGUAAUCCCAGUGGAUGUGUCUGAGUUUGAGCUGGAUGAUGAUGAAGAAUGUUACGUUGUAAAGUUGACCAACAAGACAUGCCUUUGUGGAAGUUGGAAUCUUCUUAGUAUCCCUUGCAAACAUGCAAUGGCCUGUAUUAUUAUCAGAAAAUUAGAUCCCAGUGAAUUUGUCCAUGAGGCGUAUCAUGUAGAAACGUAUGCAAAGACGUAUGCGCCAAAGUUUUAUGGUAUGCCAGGACACAAAAUGUGGCCGACAACAACUUUAGCCAAACCUCUACCUCCACCAUUUCGAAAGAUGCCUGGAAGGCCUAAAAUGAGGAAAAGAAAAAAAGAAGCUGAUGAAGGUAAAGGAUGUAAGAAGCCUUUAAGUGCUGUUCGAGAAUUCAAGCAACGGAGAUGUGGUAAUUGUGGUGACUUAGGUCACUACAAAAAGGGAUGCAAGAAUCCAGCCAAACCACAACCAACAAAGACGAAGUCAAAGGGUGGAAGGCCUAAAAUGGGAACUUCUUCUACACAACAGUCCACACCAAAUGAUGUUCCUUGCUCCAGUAGUCAACAAACGCAAAGUGCACCAGCAGCAUCGACUUCAUGUGUAGUGGAUCAACUAAGUCAAAUAUAA